AUGGUGCGCUGGCAAACGUUUUUAUCAAUUUUCCUUCCAUCUGUUGUAGAAUCUGUCUGUACAAUGUUUUUCGUUUUGAUCGGGUGCAGUUCAACCAUCACCUGGCCGCAAGAAGAAACUGGCCCAAACCUCGUCAGCAUUUCUUUGUGUUUUGGUCUGUCGUACGCAUUUUUGGUGAACAUCUCGAAUUGUUUUAGCAAUGGAUUUAUUAACCCUGCAAUAACCAUGGCAUUAGUGGUGAACAAAACUCUGUCAGUGACAAAGGGUUUUUGCUUCAUUUCGGCACAUCUUGUCGGAGGUAAAAUUUUCAGUCAAGUUUAAUGAGGGUGUCUAAGAAUAAGUGACUUAAAUUUUCAACAGCGAUGAUUGGUGAAAACGGUAAAAGCUAGUUUAAAAAGUUAUAAUUGAAACUUUUCAUUGGCUCUGACUUGCAUGCAUGUGACUUUGCAUGCAUUAAAUGCAAUGUUUGUAUCUUCAGUGUUGUAAAAAGGUGUACUAAUGAUGUACUGACUGAAACAAGGCUCUACUAGCAGGGGAUGUGUGAAUUCUUUCAAGAUUGCACGAAAAAGAAGGAGGAUAAUUUUACAGUACUGGCAAUUGACAUCACUAAUAUACCUGUCAGUAUUGCCUUUGUUGAUUCAAUUUGUCCUGCCAAAUCAGACUAAAUUCACUGUAUAACCCCCCUUUUUUGAAUAUGAAAAAAUUAAAUGGUACAAGGAAGAUUGUCUUUUUGAUUUGCACUAAAAGUGUUGAAAAAGAAUAAUAAAUAUUCAUUUUUGGUAGCAACGAAUGGUGCAGUGGUGUGGAUGUGCUACCUCCAAAUCAUCAUCAUCAUCACUAUCUGAACCCACUACUUGUUAGUGCCAACCCAGUGAAACCUUUCAUUUCAAACAGUGGCAAAGUAAAAAUGAACAAAAAAAUCCAAAAUUCGUUUUUUGAUAAUCAUAACAAGUACUCUGCAAAAGUUCUGUCCAGGAAGUUUCAUUUGAAUGGUUACAUUAUAGUUCAUCCACAGAAUGUAACCUUAAACUGAGAAUCAUCUCAACAUAACUUGGAUAAGUUAUUUAGAGUGAAGGGGUUAAAAUGUCAUUUGUGAUUGCCUUGGAGACUGCUUUAGACUGUAGCUUUAGGUUAACAUAACUGAAUCUAAAAUUGCCUCAGGUUUAUGUUCUGGUAAUUAACAAGCAAUUAAGGGAAAGAAAAUCAAACUUUGGAUGAGCAACUGGACGAAAAUGUAAGAUGCAGAUAAAGAAACAAAAUAAAAGCACUAAGAUCAAUAUUUUCUUCUAUUUUCAAGCUGUGAUAGGAGCAGGACUUCUUUAUUUGAUUGUACCUUAUGAGAGUCACGGUUUGCUUGGUGUGUCCCACAUGAAGUCUGUUGCACCCCUGGUUGGUUUUGGAGUUGAGUUGCUGACGUCUUUGGUUGUAAUGUUAACAGUGCUGACCUGUACAGAUGGAGGGAAAAGAGCUCUUGAUACUUCAGCAUCUCUGGUCAUAGGAGCUGCUGUUACAGCAUGCCAUUUGUUUGCGGUAAUAGUCAUAAUAUUAUUGAUAUAAUGCAUUUGAUUCAAUAACAGAUUUAGAUAUACUGCAUGACACAACACAGGUUGAAGCAGGGAUUGCCGGUUAAGUGCAUAGUGAUUCCUUCAAGUGAUCACUUUCCUCUUUUCCUGAUCUGAACGUUGGGGACUUAAAUGUGUUAAAAGAGAAUACAAAAGAUGAUGGUGGUGAUGAUUUAACGCUGCAUAGUUUUACUAGUGUUCAUGAUUUCAACUAAAUAUUGAUCAUUCAUUGCAAUACAUUAUGAAUACAAUUGCCAUUUUUUUACAUGUUGCAGUAUCCUGUUAGUGGAUGUGGAAUCAACCCAGCUCGCUCUUUUGGCCCUGCAGUUGUCAUGAACUAUUGGACUGAUCAUUGGGUGAGUGACAAAGACCCACUUAAUCUCCUCCUGUUUCUAGAAAACAGUGGGUUGCUGGUUCUAGCUGUUUUACAUUACUUGAAGUGCAUCCAUGGCCUCUAAUCUCCUUCCUUGUAACUUUUCACAUCCUUCUCCAGGGUACUGACUAUGUUACAUGAGAAGGGCCUAAGCCCCAGUCCUCUCUGCAUGGCAUGCAUGUUGCCUAACCAGUCGAAGCUCAUUGCCUGCAGAUUACUGACAUCCAUUUUUAGUGAAUCUUGACCAGUCAGUAUUCUUUGAAAGCAAUUUUCUCAAUUCUCACAGGUUUACUGGUUUGGUCCAAUCAUUGGUGCUCUAUUUGCAUCAGGAAUCUACCACGUUGCACAAAACUUUCCUGUCACUACUGAAGAUGAACUUGUUAUCACCGGGAAAGAAAUCAAGAAUGAAGCCAAGCCACAAGGUUUUCAUCUAGAAGGUCUUCAAAAUCCAAGCCAAGCUGACAUGCAAACACAAACUCCUUAUGAACUGAAAACAACAGUGUAG